AUGAUGCACCCCGACGAUCGCGAGAAGACGGCCUUUAUCACAGACCGAGGAACCUACUGCUAUAAGGUCAUGCCAUUCAGCUUGAAGAACGCAGGAGAAAGCUACCAACGGCUUGUGAACAAAAUGUUUGCAGAUAAGCAGGGCGUCACCAUGGAAGUAUACAUCGAUGACAUGCUUGUCAAGCCGCUACACGCCGCUGAUCACCUCAGUCAUUUGCAAGUUUACUUUGAAACUCUCAACAAAUACGGCAUGAAACUAAACCCAGCAAAGUGCAUGUUCGGGGUUUCCUCAGGCGAGUUCCUUGGUUACAUAGUCACACAACGGGGAACCGAAGCCAACCCGAAGCAGAUCUCUGCGGUCCUGAACCUCCCAAGCCCAAAAACAGUAGAGAAGUCAACGGCUUACGGGAGGUUUAUCUGGGAUGAGAAAUGCGAGGAGGCAUUUACUCAACUCAAGCAUUAUUUGACAAUACCACCCGUACUCGCCAAGCCAGAUGUCGGCGACGUUCUAUCUCUUUACGUCGCAGUGUCGCAAGCAGCAGUUAGCAGCGUUCUGAUAAAAGAGGACCGUGGUGAGCAAAAGCCAAUCUUCUACACAAGCAGGCGCAUGACCGGACCAGAAACGCGAUACCCAACUCUGGAGAAGAUGGCGCUGGCAGUCGUCGAAGCGGCGAGAAAGCUUCACCCAUACUUUCAGUCACAUUCAGUGGAAGUUUUUGCGGAUUUCUUAGUCGAAUUGGCCCCGGAAUUGGAGCAAGACAUCACACUCCCAAACCCAAACUGGACACUGCAUGUCAACGGAUCUUCGACUAACAAGGGCGCAGGUGCCGGAGUCCAACUACAGUCCCCGACCGGAGAACUGAUCAGACAGUCUUUUAGCUUCGGCUUUCCAGCUUCAAACAACGAAGCAGAAUACGAAUCUUUGAUCUCUGGACUCCGCUUAACAAAAGCUGUCAAGGCUAAACGCCUAAGCGCCUACUGCGACUCGCAGUUAGUCGCCAGUCAGUUUAGCGGCGACUACGACACCCGCAACGAUCGGAUGGACGCCUACCUCAAGAUAGUACAAGGCUUAGCCGCAGAGUUCGAAUUAUUCGAACUCGUCAAUGUUCCUAGAGGAGAAAACGUCUAUGCCGACGCCCUCGCAGCACUUGGAAGCAAGCUUCAGGAUCAAGUUAAACGAACCAUCCCAAUAUCCCGCACUGAGAAGCCGAGCAUCGAUAUCUCGACUGACCAAACCGUCAUCAUAGCCCCAGUCACCGAAACCAACACGCCCGAUACUGAUGGAUUCGGCCCUGACUGGAGAACUAAGUUCAUUGACUAUCUCUCAAAGGGAGAACUUCCAACCGAGAAAUGGGCAGCCCGCCGACUAAAAACACGCAGUGCCCAUUAUGUCGUCCUAGACGACGAACUCCAUCGAUGGACUGCGAGUAAAGUACUCCUCAAAUGUAUCCAUGGUGAUGAGACAGUAAGGGUUAUGGCCGAAACGUAUGAAGACGCUGGAGGAAACCGUUCGGGCGGACGAGCAUUAGCGAUCAAAGCGAGAAGCCUAGGCUUCUUCUGGCCGACGAUGAACGCAGAUUGCGAGUCCUACGCUAGAAGCUGCGACAAAUGCCAAUGGCACACACCAAGCAUCCAUUGUCCAACUGAAAUGUUACGAACGACGACCGUGCCGUACCCGUUUAUGCGAUGGGCAAUGGAUAUCAUAGGACCCCUUCCCUGCUCCCGCCAGCGACGUUUCAUUCUCGUCCUCACUGAUUACUUCACCAAAUGGAUCGAAGCUGAAGCCUAUGCUCAAGUCACACACACAAAGAAGUCCGUGGUUUCGUCUGGAAAAACAUUAUCUGCCGCCACGGUCUACCUUAUGAAAUCGUUACUGAUAAUGGAUCACAGUUCAUGUCAGGCAACUUCAAGGAGUUCUGCAGCAAAUAGAACAUUCGAUUAA